AUGAACAUUUCAAAUGAGCAUGUUCAAAACUCAUUUAGUUUGUAAGAUGAGUUCUUUUAAGGUCCAAAUUCAGGGAUGAUUUCAGGGAGAAUAGUCCUUGGAGAAGGGGAAUCGAAUAGAAAUCUACCUGGCAGUUGGAAUUCCUUUACAGUUCCGGAAUAGUAGAAAUUAGGAGAUAUAAGUUAACAAUCAAUUCACAUGAUGCCUAUUGAUAUGCAUAAAUCAAUGAAGAAUAUGAGAAAAUCUGAAUAUCAAUCUGCUUAUGCAAUAGAAGAUGAAGAGGAAUAAGGAGGAAAACCAUAAUUUUUGAAAUUGAUUAUAGCAAAGAGCUUUUAAAAUAAUUUUAUUAACAAUCUAUGGAAUAGAUCUUAUUUAAGAAAGCUUCAUCAACUUUCACUUUAUUAAAUAUAAGCAUUGGAUGAUUUAUAAUUAGAAAAUGAAGCUUAUUUACAUAAUGAUAAGAGAACAUUAACUAGAUGGGAAGCUAUUAAAAGAUUUUUUUCUUAUAUUGAAGUAUUUACUCCUUAUAGUUAAUUAAUAUUUAUUUGGGGCCUGUUUUAAAUAUUAACAUAUUUAUUAAUAUUCUUUUGGCUACCAUAUAAAAUCUCAUUCAAAUUGGAAUCAAUAGGAGAUUUUUUAGGAAUAAGUAUAUAUAAGUAAUCUCUGGAAAUAGUGUUUUUAUCUAUAUUGAGUUUAGAUGUAUUUGUUGGUUUGAAUUUAGCAUUUAUAUAUAAAGGGAUUAUAAUUCGAAAUAGAAAACGAAUAUUAAUAAAUUAUUUUCGAUAAUAUGCAUUUGUUGAUUUGGUAUAAGAUGGUUAAUAUAUAAGGAUCUAAGGUUUCGUUGAGUACAGUGACUCUUUAAUUCUUUAUUCUCACAAAUGAUAAUGAAUCAAAUUAAAUGUUGAUCAUUUAAAUAGUUCUCUGUGCAAUUUUUUAUGUUCUCCGAAUGACAAAAAUAAAUAAGAUUUUGGCAUAAAUAUAAGAGUAAAUAUGAAUAGUAUUAUUAGAUUCUUUAAUUUAUAUGGUUCUUUAAAUGAUUUGGUAGGUUUAUUAAAGUUAACAAUGAUGAUAGUAUUUAUAGCACAUAUUUGUGCAUGUGUUUGGCAUGGAUUAGCAUUUUAUAAUGAUGGUUAUUCUUGGUUAGAUGCUUAUGAUUUAAGAGAUAAAGGGAAUGCAUCUAAAUAUAAUACAGCAUUUUAUUGGGCUACUAUGACAAUGACAACAGUUGGUUAUGGUGAUAUAACAGCUAAAAAUAAUUUAGAAUUAUUGAUGAAUAAUUUGACUAUGUUAAUAGCAUCAAUAGUAUUUGCAUAUUCAGUUAACAGUAUAGGAAUAUUUGUAUCAAAUAUGUAUAAAGGGGCAAUGGAAUAUAGUAGAAGUGUUACAUUAAUUAAUACAUUUAUGUCAAAGAAUAAGAUUUAAUUUGAAUUAUAAACAAGAAUUAGAAGUUAUUUAGAAUAUAUUUGGUAAGAAGAAUAAAAUAUGAAUGACGAAGAGGUUUCAUCUUUAAUUUGUAAAUUGAGUAGUAAUUUAUAAGAGGAAUUAUAGUAUUAAUUAAGAGGAAAUAUUUUAAGUAGUUGUAAAGUGUUGAUAAAGACAUUUUCAGAAAAAAUGAUUAAAUAAUUAUUGGGAUAGAUGGAGGAAUAGAGUUUUUCUCCAGAAGAGAGAAUUAUUACAUUAAAUUAAUUAGAUGAUUCUUCAUUAUAUAUUAUAACUAAAGGAGAGAUUGAAAUUAUUUUUGAAGGUUUUAAUAGUUUAAAUGAAAGAGUUUAAAGGAAUAGUUUGAAGUUUUUAUAUUAAGGAGAUUAUUUUGGAGAAUUCUCAUUUUUUACAGGUUAACCUAGAAAAGCAACUGCUAUUUCUAGAGCAUUUACAAAAGUGUUUAAAAUUAAAAGGGAAAAUUUUAUUAAGAUUUUGUUAUCAUAUCCAAAUGAUUAUGAGAAAUAUUGUUAAUUGACACAUACACUAUUACAUUAAGAUUAUAGUUCAUUUUAAGUUAGUUGUUAUAGUUGUUCAAGUAAUUAGCAUUUAAUUGAUAAAUGUCAUUAUUUACAUUAUUGUCCUGAUAAGGAAAGUAUAUUAAAGAAAGAAUUAUAUCCUCAUGAUUAACCAAGAAACAAUAAAAUAGGUAGAGUAAAUAGGGAGAAAGAAGUAAGUCCAUGGUUAAUAUAGAAAUAUUUAAUGAGUAAGGCUAGAGAGAUUUAAUAAGAAUAAUAAUAUUUGGCAAAUAAAGGAACAGAUUUUGAAGAUUAUGAAUAACAUUCUAAUUUAAUGAAUGAUGUUUAUGAAGAUGAUAGUAAUAUUAUUAUUUAAUAUUGAUAAGUUGAAAUAGAUGUUCCAUCAUCUUUGAAUUAAAGAAGUAAUUCUAGAUCAUUUAGUAAGAUUAGUCAAAAACCUAAUUAAUAAAAUAUGAUAACAGAAAAUGAAGAUGAUGAUUCUAAAAAUUAUUCAAGAAAACCAGUAAAUCCUAGAGUUACUUUAUAAACAGCUGGAUUUGGUGGAGGAAUGAGAGAUAGUGUUAGAGUAGAUUUAAUGAAGGAUGAUGAAUAUUAAGAAAUUUCUGAAGAAGAAUCAGAAGAAGAAAAGGAUUAAGUAUUAAUGUAAUUACCAAUAAAUACAAAAUAAAAUUAAGAAAUUACUAGAACUUAAUAAUAAAAAAUUACUUUUACAAGAAAGGAUUCAUNCAUUUAUGUCAAAGAAUAAGAUUUAAUUUGA